UCUUUGUAUAUUGAGCGAAACACAAAGCUGGUGAGGCGGCUGCAGCUGGUCGUGGAAGCAGUUUUAGAGACGGCCUACAGCGCAACACAAACAUUCUCGCACCGCAACGCGUGGUUUUCUGUGUUGUUUAGUGAGCAACAAACAACAACAGUGCCGCUUGUGAACACAGCCUGGAUGACGACGUGCACCGUGUGAAGUCCAACCUAUCGCGGGAUGUUGCGAGCACAAGAAAUACAUCAAAGAGGAGAUGAAAUGCCGCAACAUUAAAAUAUUGGGUUGCAGAGAUGGAGAGGUUUGUAACGCGGGGACAGAAGCGUCCUGGCAGUGAUGGGGCCACCGAUGAAGCCCCAAGAGGAAGUGAAAAGAAGAGGAUCAAAGUGGAGAUAUGUGAUGAUGAGGGGGUGAAGGAGGAAGAUGAAGAUGCAGCCUUUGAAGAGUUCUCUCAUCCUAUUCCCUGGCAAAAAAUUGAAGCAGAUGGACUGGACUGUGACUACGCCCUGCUCUUCUCCAAGGAAGAGGCAGACCAUCUUUUUAAACAGCUGGAGGAGGAGGUGGUAUACAUGAAAGGGGAGGAAGCAAAGGUCCAGGUAUUUGGAAAGGUGUACAGCAUACCCAGAAAGCAGGCAACAUAUGGAGAUGAAGGACUAACCUACACUUACUCUGGGGUGAAACAUUCAGCCUGCCCAUGGACUCCAACCCUGGAAUAUAUUCGGGAUGCAGUUACAAAAACAACAGGGCAGACGUUCAACUUUGUCUUGGUUAACAGGUACAAAGACGGGCAGGAUCAUAUGGGCGAACAUCGGGAUGAUGAGAGGGAGCUGGAUCCACUUUGCCCCAUUGCCUCUGUCUCCCUGGGGGCAGCGCGGGACUUCAUCUUCCGACACAGAGACGCCCGGGGCAAACAGAGCCAUCGCCACAUUGAACCGGUGAAGCUGGAGUUGGCCCAUGGAAGCAUGCUCCUCAUGAACCCGCCGACCAACACGUUCUGGUACCACAGCCUGCCUGCUCGCAAGAAGGUUCUCCUGCCUCGCAUCAACCUCACCUUCAGACGCAUACUACUGGACAGCAAGAAGUAAGAGCCAAACAGGACAAGCAGCCCACAGUGUGACGAUGACGGGCUGACAGCGCUCUGACAGGGACCGCAAGUCUCCCAACUGUUUCUCUCCUCCUUUGACACUGAGCAGUGGUGCACUUACCUGUUUAUGGCUUGUUUAUCUCCAUGCCUCCCUCGAGUGAGGACAGUAUGCAAGGACAGGCAUGGGGGAAAAAUCCCUGGUGUUGCAAGGAUCCAGUGCCUUGCUCAGGAACACUUCAGCAGGGUGGACAUUUGCAAACACAGCAGCUUAAUGCCAGUUUCUCCAACUGCUGCACCAGUGUCAACACUCCCCGUAGAUCACCAAACACCUGCACCACACUGCUAGGGAUGUAAUGGUUCAGUAAACCCACAGUUCAGUUUGCACUGCGGUUUUAGUCACAAUUUCGAUUUGUUUUGCACAUCAGAAAGAAAAACACUACCAUUUCCAAUGUUCUCAGUAUUUUGUCUUACCAAAUAACUUAGCCUCUGUAUUUAAUUCACACAUUCUGAAUAUGAAAUCAAAAAAUAUUAUUUCAAAGACAAAGUUUACUUAGACUUUUUAAAGCAGGUAUAAAUACUUUCAGUAUAUUCAUGAAGUCAUCAGCAAAGUAAGUGGUUAGAUGGCUCGAAUACAGUGGAUGUGUUUGUAACCCUGCACUUUGGAGGGUGAAUUGUCUAUUGAACGGUUGAUUUUUCACAGUUCAUUUUUACAUUUUUUUCCAUUCCCUGAUUUUGCAAUGUAUUCAUGGCUUGAAAUGCAAUCCCUGGAAUUUUGAAUACAAAGUGUAAAUAAAAACUGAGGAACUGA